UUUGCAUUCGCGCGACACAUGCUACGGAAUACAUAAUAUAGGGAGAAUUUCCGCCCGUGGGUACUCCGCAGAGGCCAUCUUUAUUUUCAUUUCUCUUCUUCAGUUUGGGUUUCUUUUUUGGUGCUUUCGGGGUAUACUAUACUAUACAACAAUAACCCCACUUUACCUGCUAACUAAUUAAACUAAUCCCCGAACUUAUCCAUAUACCAACUGAAGACAAUAAAAAGAACUAAAUAAAAAUACACCAAGAUGACAGUCGGCCACCCUUUUCGCCUCCGCCGCGCCCUCACAACCAAAUCCCGCUCCCUGCAAACUCCCCGAUGCUCUCUCCUCCAAAUUCAGGUCCUAGUGCACUUGUUCCGCGUCGCUAUCUCCCUCGCUCUCCUCCCGCUUGACAACACCAUCCUCCUCGCUGCCUACGCAGCUGGCUACUUCCCCUUCUCCCUAACAGACAGCAACAAAACCGGUGCCCGUCGCCGCGCUGCCGCCCUCCGUGACAGCCAAUUCAAGCCGCGGACUGUCCUCGUCACUGGUAUCGACACUACGUAUGGACUGGCCAUCGCGCGCGGGUGGUAUUACUCCGGCCAUCGGGUUAUUGGGGCCGAAGUGGUGGGCGGGGAUGACCAGUCGGGCGUGGCGUGCGGGGAGAGUAUGUCCCGGGUACUGAGCGGGUAUUAUCGCAUUACCACUGGUGUCCCUGGCGGUACUACGAAAGGCUACGCAGCGCAGAUACUGGAUGUUGUGAUGAAAGAGAAAGUGGACGUCUGGAUCCCGUGCAGCGAGGAGACCGAAGGGGAAGAAGAUGCCGUCGCGAAGGGGGUGAUUGAGGCGCGGACGGAGUGUAAGUGCGUCACACUUGAUCGGGGGAUGGCGGAUAUACUCUCCCAAUCCUCAUCGGACCGGGAAGCCUUCCUGGCAUUCCUGGUCGAGAAGGGAUUACCUGUUGUGGAGAGACACGAGGUGUUGUCUCGGGAUGCGGUACACAAGAUUCUCCAUCGGUCGCCGACCAAGGUGUGGAAUAUGCGGAGGGCGGAUGAUCGCGAGGUGAUGCUGCCGAAACGGACUCUUAGUCUGACCUAUUCCGAGGUUAGUCAGAUUCGCAUCUCCAGGGAGAGGCCGUGGAUGUUGCAGCAACAGACCAGGUUGGGAGGGUUUUAUGCCGAGAUGGCGGUCGUCGCCGGGAAGGUCAAGGCAACUAAGAUCUACCCCGCUGAGGAGGAUGGGGAUGGUGGCUGGGGCCAGUCACCGAUGGACCGCGGGCUCGCGACGGCGAUUCAGGCGCUGAUGGAGCGGUUCGCGAGCCAGAUGGGUGCCCGGUUGACAGGGCAUCUGCGAUUGAAGGUAAUGGUGGAUGAGGAGGUGAGCGACAAUUGUCUGCGGUAUGUGAUACUGAUUGAUAGCUGCACGCAUGGCGCGUCGGCGGUCAAGUAUCUCAUCCUGGAGGAUGAUCUGAAGUCCUUGGUGGAUGGGUAUUUGGAAGCAUUGACACCGCAGACAAAUGGUGUAGCCGAGGUGAACGGCACAGCGAAUGCUGCGCCUGCGUCUGCAUCUGCAUCCUCAAAGCCCGAUAUCACUCCGCCUCCUCCGCGUCGACGAUUCAGUCUGUUUCGCUCUGCGAAGAAAGCCAAUGUGAAGGUGUUUGGAUCGCUGGGGAAACAGGUCGAUCGUGCCCUUAACGAGGGCAGUAAGCUCCUGUUCUUCUGGAAAAACCAGAAGUUCUCCCAGCUGGAUCCCUUGCCUUGGUGGUGGCAUGCUCAUGUCUAUCAGCCGUUGAGGGAGCUGGAAAUGAUUGUGAAGCCGAAGAGGGUGAAGAGGGCGUGAUUACAUACACUCCUUCAUUCAUCCGUUCAUUCUCUUUCUUCUGAUUAUUACCUUUUGUUCGUUGGUUAUUUCCUUUGUUCCACUCAGCAUGGAUGGACGGAAGGACGGGAACCACAGGACAGGACAGGACACGAUGGGACACGAUGUUACGAUUACUCGGUUAUAUAAAGGAGCAUUGAGUGGCGCCUUGGGAUAUUAGUUUGUUAUUGCACUUUUUAUAUCAUUAUGACUCCUUUCUUUGAAUUUUAUUCAAGUAUACUCAAUUGUAAGAAGUGAUUUUUUUCCCUUA